CCCAUAGAUAACAUCUGCAGACUACACUAGCAAAGCAUAUCAAAACCAUUUGCAAGCAGAGAUCUCCAACUCUUAUUGAUACUCCUGAAGUUCUAAUCACCAGCUUGAAUCAACCAUGGCUUCCAUCAGUUUGUCAACAAUCAUCUUUCCAUUUUUUGUUCUAACUUUGUUUUCAGCAAACAGCCACAUGAUGGUUGCCGGGGCACGCAUUCUUUUGGAGUCAUCAGAGCCACAUGUACCUCAGCUUCCCAAACCUGAGUUGCCUCUUCUGCAAAAGCCAGCCUUACCAGAAGUCCCUGAAUUACCUAAGCCAGAAUUGCCAAAGCCUGAGCUACCUAAGGUUAAUGUCCCUGAAUUGCCAAAGCCAGAACUGCCUAAGGUCCCUGAGUUGGCAAAGCCUGAGCUGCCUAAGAUCAAUGUCCCAGAAUUGCCAAAGCCUGAACUACCUAAGGUUAAUGUUCCUGAAUUGCCAAAGCCUGAGCUACCAGAAUUUAAGGUCCCUGAACUUUCAAAACCUGAGCUACCUAAGCUUAAUGUCCCUGAAUUGCCAAACCCAGAGAUGCCUAAGGUCCCUGAGUUGCCAAAGCCUGAACUACCAAAGAUCCAUGUCCCUGAAUUGCCAAAACCAGAAAUUCCUAAGGUCCCUGAAUUGCCAAAGCCUGAGCUACCUAAGGUUAAUGCUCCUGAAUUUCCAAAAAGUGAGAUGCCUAAGGUUCCUGAGUUGCCAAAGCCUGAGCUACCUAAGAUUAAUGUUCCUGAAUUGCCUAAACCUGAGAUGCCUAAAGUCCCUGAAAUUUCUAAAGCCAUUCCAACCCCCAUUAAUCCUUAAGUUGGAACUUGGAAUUAUGCCUUAUGCUGUCUUGUCUCUGGUCAUAUAGUUGGCUAGUGGCUACUAUCCAGUGCCUAGCUCAUGCUGUUUGAUGGUGUGAUAUGAUUUAAUUUUCAAUUCUAUGUUCUUUGUUAUAAGCUAUAUGUAAACAAGAGAGUGGUUGUCAUGGUUUAGUAUGAAUCUUAUCAAGAAUUAGACAUUGUGUUUAUUUUGAGCUUGUUUAAAUUGAUUAUACCACUCUAUAUUGAUGUCAUAUCCUUCAUGUGUAAGUCGUGAAUUAAAUAAGAUUGUUAUUUUUUCCCCUA